GGCUGUGCAGCUGCCGAACAACGCGAGCCCUCACUAGCAGAUGUGUAAUCGGUUCCCAUGAACGUGCAGGUUUACUGAGUUCUGAUUCAGACUCACUACGAAAGCCCAUGCGUCGCAAACAUACUUAAGCCAGGCCAGGCGGCCCCCCCCACCAAUCAUAACCUCUUACACUUCGAGAUGCUCUUUGCUUUACUUUUGCAAAUCCUUCUUCACAUUGGCAGCAUCUCCUGUACUCGUAAUACAUUGCCAGAGCUUAAUCCUCUAUCUCCAAAAUCACCUGUCCCGGAGAAUAACUUGCUAGGUCGUGCUUCGAGCCCAACCCCCUCGCUUCAACUCAAAGGCUACGUAAACAUCAUCGUGGACCUCAGCCAGUUUCGUUCUAUCUCCAUUCCCGAAGGGAAAAGACUCAACAUCAAUAUACUCGGAGGGAAUUGGACGAAUCCAGACGGAUCGCUGCUUGCCAAAAUCAUCCCUAACAUUGGAGGAGAACAGGGAUACAUCGAUGCCACAAAUGUAUUCCAUCUAGAUGUUCGAUACGUGGUGCAGUUCGUGAGCGACAACAAAUACGGUUACGUGCAGGCAAAAGGCCCGGGAAAAAUUGGGGCGUCUAACAAAGUUAUCCAGACCGUGGAGACGGACUCAACUGCCAACCUUACAUUCAAUAAUCGGCUGUUGUACUCCCCUGGUAUCUUCUCCGGAAACUGUUUGACUGCUCCUAUAUGGGCGUUGUAGUGAGUUCGAAUCAGAUCUGCACUUUGUUGCUGGAAACCAUGCACACAUCCGUCUCUCCGACCCAAGGCUCGAUUUUGUGAACGACGACGAAAGCUCCCAGUGAAUCCUUUCAUCGUUUACCUUGCCUGUACCAUUUUCGGGGGGCAGUUCCUUCGCGUAACUCGAUCCAAAAAAAAAUCCUUUUUUUUCGGUACAUAUUCAUUUCGACCCUUUCGCCAAAAAAAGCAGACGACAAAUUAUUUAAUCCCUACUAAUCGAGAGCCCCAUAAACC